AUGAUUGUCUACCAAGAUUGUAUCCAAAUUAAUGUAUAUAUUAAUAUUGAUUUAUUUUUAGAUGGAUCUAACAAAAAUUUAAAUAAAUAAUCUAGAAGUUUAGAUUAUUUCAAUAGUUUUAAAACUGAAGAAUUAUCAUUGUGAAUAAUCAACUUUAAUAGAUUAAAACAUAUAUUUUAAUGCAUUUCUAAUGAUUAAAACAAGACUGCACCCUAAAAAUUGGUAGAACUCUUAUGGAGAUUGUAUUAUAUCUUAAAUUUAAGAAUAAAAUCAAUAAGAAAAUAAUUUAGUUGUUGAUAUACAAAAUUCUGAAUUGAUCUUAUUCUUAGAUCUUACAGAUUUAACUUAACUUAAAUUAAACAACCUUAUUUCUUCAUAAAUAAAUUGCAAAUUUAGUUUAAAUGGGUCCAUAUAUUAUUCUUUUAUGAGGUUGAGGAUAAUUUAUUAAAAUAAUAGAUUUUUAGUCUUAAAAUUACUAAUUCUCAAUGUGGAUUAUAUUUAAAUCAGAAAAAUAAAAUAGUACUGAUAGAAGAUUGUUAACACAAACAGAAGUGAAUAUUUAUUAAAGGAACUUAGAAGUGUUUAUAGACAAUUAUAUUUGUCAAUAUAAUAUUGCUAAUAAUGGAACCUGUUUAUUUAUAGAGAAUGCUAAAGUUUUGAUAUAUAAUUCUAUUUUUUAAUAUAAUAAAGCAUCUGAAACUGGAGGUGCCAUAUUUGUAAAUAAUAAGAAAGAUAUCCUGAUUACAAGUAGUGUGAUAUCUCUUAAUUCAGCCUUUAUAGGAGGAGGAAUAUAUUUAAUUAAUUAAUAAGAUUUGGAUUAUGUUAAUCUAAAUACAAUUGUGAAUAAUAACUAAGCUUAGAUUUUUGGAUAGAAUAUACUAUCUGUUCCUCAAAAGUUGACUAUUACCUUAUAAUAUGAAAGUUCUAAAUUAAGCGCAAAAUCAAUAAUAAUAUCUUAAGAUCUAAGUAUUUUCCUUAUAACACUAAUCCUUAAUAAGCUGAUUCUAAUGAAGGAAUUAAUUAAUUAGCCUGCUGCUUUGACAGAGCAACAAAUUCUUCUUCUUAUAUUUAAUUCAUAAAAUAAAUUUAAUAUAAAUCAUCAAAAAUUAAAACAAAUGAAAAAGGAGAGUAAAGGUUCAAUAAAAAUUUCAUUUUUGCAGAGACGUCUAUAAUCUUUUAGUUCAAAAAUUUAUCAUAACAAAAUCAAUUAUUUUUAUACCAAUAAAUAUUAUCUUUUAAUGGAUGACGAUUCUGACUCUGAUUAUUCACCAAAGAAAAAUUAAAUAAAAAAGCAAAAAGCAUUGAAAUGUAAAUAGAAAUUUUUUAUAAAGAUCAUCAAAUUGAGAAACGAUAAAUUGUAUAUGAAUGUCAGCCAUUAUUAACUAAACAAUAAGGAAAUGUAAAUUAAUGAUAGAGGCUUUACCUUUAAGUUAUUGUAAGGACUUUCUUUAAAAUAUCAUUUCCUUAAGAGAAAAUUAAAAAUCACUCUAAUUUGUAAAAAAGGCUCAACAUAAGUCAUUUAAAAAGAAAUUUAAAAGAUAUCCUAAAUUAACUUAAUUUUAGAGAAAAUAAAUUAAUUACUUCAGACAUCUGGAUAUAAAAAUUGCAUUAUUGCUGCAUUAUUGGGAGUAUCAACCCAAUAGGUUUAAUCGAAUAAAUUCAUAAUGCAGAUGGCUUCCUAAAAAGAAGAAAUAAGGUUCACAAAUACUGAAAUAAAUUGGCUUAAAUUAUAAGCAUAGAAAGAAUCAAACUCUUGCUUAUUUAAUGCUGCUUCCUUCAGAAAAGCAUUUAUUAACUGA